AUGUUUGGGUCCAAUGACACUUCCCCUCUAUUGGGAUUCAUUCUCCUGGGCCUCACAGGACACCCAAAGCUAGAGAAAACAUUCUUUGUGCUCAUCCUGUCAAUGUACCUGAUGAUCCUACUGGGGAAUGGAGUCCUCAUCCUGGUGACCACCCUCAACUCCCACCUGCACACGCCCAUGUACUUCUUCCUGGCAAACCUCUCCUUCCUGGACAUCUGCUACACCACCUCCUCAGUCCCCCUCAUUCUUGACAGCUUCCUGACCCCCAGAAAAACCAUCUCCUUCUCAGCCUGUGCUGUGCAGAUGUUUCUGUCCUUUGCCAUGGGAGCCACAGAGUGUGUGCUGCUGAGUGUGAUGGCGUUUGAUCGUUACGUGGCCAUCUGCAAUCCGCUUAGGUACCCUGUGGUCAUGAGCAAGGCCGCUUAUGUGCCCAUGGCCAUCAGCUCUUGGGCAGCUGGAAGUAUCACUGCUACUGUACAGACAUCCUUGGCAAUGCAACUUCCCUUCUGUGAGGGCAACGUCAUCAACCAUUUCACCUGUGAGAUCCUGGCUGUCCUGAAGUUGGCCUGUGCUGACAUCUCCAUCAAUGUGAUCAGCAUGGGGGUGGCCAAUGUGAUCUUCCUCGGGGUUCCAGUCCUAUUCAUUUUUGUCUCCUAUGUCUUCAUACUCACCACCAUCCUGAGGCUCUCCUCAGCUGAGGGCAGGAAAAAGGCCUUCUCCACCUGCUCUGCCCACCUCACGGUUGUGGUCGUCUUCUAUGGGACCAUCCUCUUCAUGUAUGGGAAGCCCAAGUCCAAGGACCCAAGGGGGGCAGACAAGCAGGACCUUGCAGACAAGCUCAUCUCCCUCUUCUAUGGGGUGGUGACCCCCAUCCUGAACCCCAUCAUCUAUAGCCUGAGGAACAAAGAUGUGAAGGCUGCUGUGAGGAGCUUAGUAAGACAGAAAUGGAGAUUCCCAAUGAUUCUGUGCUCUGUGACUUCUACCUAA